UCAGCCGGAAAAUUAGCGGUGGUUACCUGAGCGUUUUUUUAUCAGUUAGACGCUUGUAACUAAUGUAAAUGUAUGGCGGUCUCUAACGUUCUGACGUAAAACAAGAUGCCAACAAGAUGUUGUGUCCCAGGAUGUUCUGUGAGUGGUGGUCACAAAUUCCCUUCAAAUCCUGAGCUGUGUCUUAAGUGGAGGGUUGCCCUAAAAAGAUCCGACCCCACCAAAGGUCUAUGGAAACCGGGAAAGCACGACAUUGUUUGUCAUCAACAUUUUACAGUAAAUGAUUACAAGGAGACAUUAUUAGGUGAUCGAAGUAGACUAAAGGUAGAUGCAGUACCAUCAGUGUUUAGCUUUCGUCCCAAAAUAAAUAUUGUAAGCCCUAGAGCUUUAAGAAUGCAAUCUAGAAAAGCCAUGAGUGUGGACACAGCUCUUAACCAAGGAGUACAACAAGAGGUUGAAAUUGAGUCAACAUCAAAUAGUACUGAUAUUUCCUUACCUUCAGAGCCUGACGUACAUGUACCCAAGGACAUGCAGAUCCAAUGCGAGUUACUUGGUCGGUAUUCGAUUGAGAGGUUUAUGGACAAUCCAAAGGCAGUUUCAUUUUAUACAGGUUUUAAAUCUUAUGAACAUUUUAUGUUCUUAUUCCAUGCACUAGGUCCUGCUGCAUAUGAGCUCAAAUACAAAUGUUCAACCCUUCAUCCAUCGGAUCAGCUUUUUAUAACAUUGAUUAAACUUAGAUGUGCCAAAGAAGAUGUAGAGUUAUCCUUGCUAUUUGAUUUAUCUGUUUCAACCAUUGCUAGGAUUUUUAAUACCUGGAUUAACUUCCUUUAUUUUCAAUUGAAUGAAUUAAAUAUUUGGCCAUCAAGAGACAUUGUUGAUAAGCAUAUGCCAGUAGAUUUUCAUAGAAAAUUUCCAAGGACGAGAGUUAUUCUUGAUGCUACCGAGAUUCCUAUCCAGAAAUCUCAAGACGUUAACAUUCAGAGUGUGACUUGGUCAUCCUACAAGCACAAAAAUACUGUGAAAACUAUGGUCGGGUGUACCCCAAGAGGUGCUAUAUCCUAUAUUUCAGACUGCUAUGGGGGAUCUACCAGUGACAGGCAGAUUAUUGAAGACUCAAGUCUUUUAGAUAAUACCAGGUUUGAAUCUGGGGAUAGUAUAAUGGCGGAUCGAGGCAUAAUGGUUCAAGACCUCUUUGCAAACAACGAUGUGUAUGUUAAUACGCCUACAAUGCUGAAAGGAAAAUCACAACUAGAGCCAGAAGAAAUUGUGAGGGAUAGACGUGUUGCAUCCAAGCGUAUCCAUAUAGAACGUGUUAUAGGAUUAGCCAAACGUUUUAAAAUUCUUAAGUCCGAACUUCCAAACACCAAACUGUCAUUAAAUAACAGAAUUGUAUUUGUUUGUUUUGCAUUGACAAAUUUCAAAAAUGCAAUUGUUGAUAAAUUUGCCUAGAUUUUCAAAGGGUCCCAUUUUUAUAUUUAUAUUGUAAUUUAACCAAAGAUAGUAAAAUUGGCCAUAUUUUCAUAGUUCUAAAGUAUACUCCUGAGAUGUAUCCACUAAUUACAAAAAAUGUAAUUAUACUUUUUAACUAAUUUUGGCGUGUGAUAAAUACAUGUAUGACAUUUUCGGUACCUAAUGCUCUUAUUUCUUUGAGUAUGUUUAAUUAUUUUUUUAUCAAGUUCAGCAUUAUUGGAGGAAAAGAGGGGGGAUGUCAUGAAUUGAGAAUUAUCCAUAAAAAGAGGGGGGGGGGCUUCAAUUGAUUAUAAAUCAGAAGGGAGAUAACAAAUUAAAAAAUAUAAAGUCUCAAUAAUUUUAUUAAUUUUUUUAUAGUAUUGAGGCAAUAUAUGGCCUAAAGUGUUUGGAGUAAAACAAUUCCAACUUUGGCAGCAGACAACCAACACAGUAGUCAUGAUUAAUUCCAAUUUUCUCAACAAAGAGGUCUUUGAAUGUGUACACAAUAAAAUAACAAUGUUCUCUAUUUGAUAAAAAUAGUUGACCCUGAAUUUGGUCAUAAUAGUUUGAUGAUUUUUUUAAUGUUAUAUUGUUAUCUUUGUCAUAUUCCAAGAAAGAAAAAUUAACACCUGGAACAAUGCUCUCAUCUCGUCCUGUAUAUGGACACUUCACCUCCACAACACAAUCAUCUCCAAUUAAAGCGUCCGGGGAAGCUCCAAGAAAUGGUUUGUCAGCAGAUAUAAACAGUCCACAUGGUUGACAUUUCAUUUGAAACUUUUUUUCAAACUGUGUUAUUGCCUUCUGCUCAUACAUUUUACCAUGCAAUACAGACUUCACCUUUAAGAACUUUUGGGAACACAAUGAUUCACAUAAUUUUUGUAUAUUUCUCCUUGUGGUAAUUUUUGAAAUUUCUCCAAAUCUAGAUGCUGUAAUCCUCCACUGUCUUAAAUAAAACCAUUUCUUAUUGCUGGAUUGUCCUC